AUGCAGUUGUUCACUCGUGUCUUCGCCCUUGCUGCUGCUGUAGUCCCGUUCGUUGCUCAGGCAGCACCACUUGCAGCUCGCUCCCCCGAAGAUGUAACCGCAGAACGAUACAUCGUUCAACUCAUGCCAGGCGUCGAUGUCGAAUCGGUUGCUGCUCACCAUGAGAAGGUUCGCAGUAUCAGGCGCAGAGAUGAUGUCAACGUAACUGCAAGCAUUGAUCAAGAGUACGACUUCGGAGAUUUCAAAGGUUACACAGGAUCGUUUGACCCUGCUGUCAUCGCUGAGUUAGAGGCUCUACCUGAAGUUCUCAUCGUGGAGAAAGACUCAAUGAUGUUUCCCUCUGCUCUCGUAACACAGAACAACGCACCAUGGGGUCUUGGACGAAUCUCAUCCAAGAGUAAAGGAGCUACCAGCUACAUAUACGAUUCAAGUGCUGGUGCAGGUACCUACUCAUACGUGGUUGAUAGCGGAAUUCGUACGACCCAUGCCGAAUUCGAAGGCCGUGCCUCCUGGGGAUACAACGCGAUCGACACCGUCAAUUCUGACAUUUACGGUCAUGGCACCUUCGUGGCCGGUGUGAUCGGCGCGAAGACUUACGGUGUUGCUAAAAAGACAAAUCUCAUUGGGGUUAAGGUCUUUUCCGAUGGGGGCGCACCUACAUCCACUAUAAUGAGUGGUCUGAAUUGGGCAGCGAACGAUAUCAUCACCAAAGGCCGACAGACUUCUGCCGUGAUCAACAUGUCGAUCGGCGGGCCAGCAACCUCAGUGUUUGACAACGCUGUAACGUCACUAUAUAACCAAGGUAUAUUGUGUGUCAUCUCUGCGGGCAACGAAAACCAGCCGGCGGAGAAUGUUUCGCCAUGCCGCGCUUCUGGGGCUCUCUGCGUUGGAAGCGUUGAGUCGAAUGAUUCCCGUUCAUCUUGGUCGAACUACGGCUCUGUCAUAGACAUCUGGGCUCCUGGUGGCAGCAUUUUGUCUACAUGGCACACCUCAGAUACAGCCACAUCGACACAGGAUGGUACCUCAGCCGCUGCGCCAUUUGUGGCUGGAUUAGCGUCUUAUAUCCGUGGUCUCGAAGGAUUGUCCAUUGGUCCAGCGACCAGUGCGAGAAUUCUGGCGUUAGCUACAUACAUACCUCCAUUGUGCAAGUUUGAUCCAGUGAGUGGACAAUACAUCUGUCCCGACACAACAAAGGAACCCAACCUAGUGGCAUACAAUGGAAAUGGACGCUAA